AUGCUUCGGGUGUUGUCUUCCUCAAUGAGAAAUCGUUCCAUGCACCCGGCAACAGUGAGAACAGACUUCAGAACUUAUGUUAGAACAGUCUUAACUGGAACAGAAUUAACUAAACUCUUGGUCCGAUAUGUAAUUUGUGAUAAAAUCUUACCUUCCUUUUGUUUUCUAACAAAUGUCUUGGCUCUGUUUUGUUUGGAGCCACCCGGUAGUUCUAUGCUGCUGCACAAAUACAUUGUGCUUUUUAGGACUGAAUUUUUUUCAUUGUACCAAAUCUUCUGGAUGAUGUUCUAUUUGCUCAUUUUUUAA